AUGCUAGUCGCAGCUGGAACUCCUGGCAUCUGGACGCUGACCGUUCUAAACCCGACACAUAAUCAUGGCCCAGUUGUCGAAAAACCCCGGCAAGCUCCUCAUCACAAGGUUCGGAAGGGCCAAGUCGCGGCGGCACCGUAUGAUUGGCCGCAUGACGCGACUUUAACACCAUAUACGACUGCAUUAGUGCUUAUCGAUAUGCAAAAGGAUUUCUGCUCGCCAGGGGGUUACAUGGAAUAUCAAGGCUAUGAUAUAUCAGCUGCCCAUGCACUUAUUCCUAAGCUACAACAUCUCCUGAAUGCGUUCCGAGCGUCUGGGUUUCCAGUCUAUCAUACACGUGAAGGUCACCGACCCGAUCUCUCAACUCUCUCAAGUAGAGAGGCGUACCGGUCACGAAAUAACGCUUCCGGGCUUGGGAUUGGGUCCCCGGGUCCAUUGGGCCGUCUCUUAAUCCGGGGUGAGGUUGGCCACGACACCGUUGAUGAACUGUAUCCGAUUCACGGGGAGCCAGUCAUCGAUAAGCCUGGUCGUGGGGCAUUUGCUCACACUGACUUCGAGCUUCUUCUCCGGAAUAAAGGCAUCAAGAACCUGGUGAUUGCAGGAGUAACUACCGAUGUCUGUGUGUCCACUACUAUGCGUGAGGCGAACGACCGAGGGUUCGACUGCGUAAUCUUAGAAGACGGCACGGCGGCCAGUGAGCUUUCACUUCAUGUGAGCACGAUUGAAUCGGUCAAAAUGGAAGGUGGAAUCUUUGGAGCGGUAGCCAAAGUGGAUGAUAUAGUGCACGCUGUGGAGAACUUUAAAAAUAGCACUGUGAAGAAGUUGGCUCCUCAGAUGACAGUUUGA